UAUUAUUAUUAUUAUUAUUAUUAUUGUGGGAGAUGUGCUCAAGCAAUAAUUUGGACUUGUCCACGGUCCUUCAUUUGAUUUUUCUGAGGCAAUGAUAUGGUAUGCAUGUGAUGGAGAUGUGCAACGAUUUAAGUUGUGAAAAUUGCUUCAAGUGUUAAGACGAACAAUUAAGAAAAAUUGUCUUUAAAUUUGGCUGGAAGUCUUUAGAAGUAAUUGGGAAUUGCACAACAUAAGCUAGGAGUGGGUGUCAUCAGUGAUAAAUAGGCGUUGACUUGGUUUAACAAUGCUCCUUAAAAUCUUUCACUCAACUUGGUUUUGUUAACCAAGAGAUGCUUUGUAUUUCCUUUCAUUAAGAGUUAAAGGUGAAUGUGAGAGGGUUUGGACAUUUACCCUGAGGAGAACGUUGAGGUUUUGAAUCUAGAAGUACAAUUAGCAUUUUACCAGAAGUAAACUCAGAAUAUGGUUCUCAUGGCAUUGGAGUGCUAUUUCUGAGCUUAUGGCAGCCAAUUGCAGGAUUGCUCGCUGAUUAGCGUGCUUUUGUUCCAGAUAUUCACAUUCUUUGGCCGCAUGACAUAAUGAUUUGCCCUUUUUGAGCGGGGUUAAUGCCUUCACACUGUAUAUUCACAAGCUGAUGUAUUCCUGAUUGGAAUACAUAUUUCAUUGCCCAGUUCCUAGGUGUACCAGACAAAGAUAUACAGUUCUCAGCAACAGGCGCAGUCAAGGGCCAUAAGGUGCUGAAACAAGUAGAUUCAACUGGGGAUUCAGACAAUAAUGUAGUUACUGUGCUCACAUCCAAAGGUGGAAUUAGAAGGAAACAUCAUCGAGCCUGGACUCUCUCUAAUGUUAUGAAGCUAGUUGAGGGUGUAUCCAGGCAUGGGGCUGGAAGGUGGUCUGAGAUCAAACGGCUUGCAUUUGCAUCCUAUUCGUAUCGCACCUCUGUUGAUCUCAAGGGUAAAUGGAGAAAUCUACAGAAAGCUAGCCUUGCACAGAUAUCUUCAAAUAAAGGGAUAAAUUCCCGAAAAAAUGUCACUUCAAUGCCGAUUCCUGAACCGAUUUUAUUGAGGGUUAGAGAGCUUGCUGAGAUGCAGUCACCGGUUCCACCAAGUCUAAGCUCAAGCAAGGUGGCUGGAAAUAGUGUACAUGAAAAACAAUCAGGUUACUUUUAACAUUGUAACUUGUAGAUUUUAGUUGUAUAAAUUGCAAAUAAACGCACAUCAGUUUGUCCA